AAUGUAUUGAAGUUUUCACACUGUCAUUAAAUGCGCUUUUCAUUCGACAUCACUUUGUUUUUCUGGAAGAAAAUCUGUAAGUGACUGUGAACAUGUCUGGAGUUUUAACAGAGACAGUAGAACCCGGUGAUUUAAAAAAAUUUGAGAAAAUUUAUCAUGAACAAUUGUAUAAGAACGAUGUCACACCUAAAGCUCAGUUUGAAUACGCCUGGUGUCUAGUACGGAGCAAGUAUCCAGCUGACAUACAAAAGGGCAUAAUUCUAUUGGAAGAUCUUUACAAAACACAUGAGGAAGGGCAGAGAGACUACCUUUACUACUUGGCAAUUGGAACUGCAAGACUGAAAGAGUACACGAAAGCUUUGAAUUAUGUCAGGUCAUUCCUGCUCAUUGAGCCAGGUAAUCAACAAGUCAUCGGUCUCCAACAAACGAUAAAGAAGAAAAUGGAAAAAGAAGGUUUAGUUGGAAUGGCAAUGGCUGGAGGUGUUGUCUUAGCUGUUGGUGCGAUAGUUGGGGUAGGAAUGGCUAUUGCAAGCAAAGUUAAGUCUUAGUGCUUCCCACAUAUCAAGUGUGAUGAUAGUGUUACCAUUUUUUACAUAUACCAAAUUGCCUUUUUCCUUGAGUUAACUAUGUUUGUUACAUUGAUUGCAUAAAAAGUUAUUACAUUUCAUUUUGUUCUGUUUUCUUUUAUUGCAAUGUAUUGUUCAGUUAUGGUUAAAGCUUAAGUUAUAUAUAUCAUUGUGUCAAAUAAAAUUGCUGUAGAGUGUUGUAAAAAAUUAUUUUUGUACACUUUUCUACUUUAUUUAUAUGUUUAGCACACAUCUGUUUAAAAAUUUUAGCACAAGAAGUAAAUGUCAACACGAAAUAAAUACAGGCCAUAUCUUUAUAACACUUAAAAUAUUUACUUCUUGACGUAGUAGACUGUAAAAUUAUAUGAGUCUGAUAUGUAUAGAUAUCUAAUAGUUUUGUAGGUUUUAUUUAAUGGUAAAAUAUUUAAUUUUUAAUCACUGUAAAUUGCUAUGUAUAAAUAAAGGUUUGUCUAAA